AUGACUGCAGUCGCGAACCCUCCUUUGGAAGAGGUCACUCCUCCUCGCGACCGUGCUUUCUUUGCUGACCCGACAAAAUCAUCUCUAUUGAAAGCGGCUACGGGAAUUGAAGAUAUUACGCCUUAUAUCGGCACCGAAUUGAAAGGUGUCCAGCUGAGCAAAUUGACAGAUGCCCAAAAAGACGAGCUGGCACUUCUCGUCGCCGAGAGAGGCGUCGUAUUCUUCCGCGACCAAGACAUAACCCUUGACCAACAGCAUGAACUCGCAUCGUACUAUGGCGUUCAAGACAGAGAUCCAAAUCAACAAGAUCCGAAGCACGUAACCAUUAUCGGCCGUGGUGGGAACAUCCGGGCGCAUGGGAAUUCCAGCGCAGAAUGGCACGGCGACCAUUCAUUUGAGCUCAACCCACCGUCCUACACGCUGCUUCGCCUCGUGAGGACACCACCGACCGGCGGCGACACUCUAUUCUCCAGCCAGACUGCACUCUUCGAUAAGUUGAGUCCGGCAUUCCAGAAAGCUCUCGAAGGCCUAAACGCCGUGCACUCGUCAGAUGUCAGGACACAUCCAGUAACUCGGCUCAAAUCGUUGUUUUAUAACCCGAAUUUCAUUGACCGUAUUGAUGGUUUACAUGCCAAGCAAUCCCACCAUCUUCUUGCAUUCCUCCGAGAGCACCUUCUCAGUGCCGAGGAUCUCACAGCUCGCUGGAAAUGGACACCGGGUGCGGUGGCCUUCUGGGAUAACAGAGUUGUUGUUCACAAGGCCGUCCCUGGUGGGUAUGACACUGAACUACGGGAAGGCAAACGUACUGCCGUCUACGGCGAGAGGCCCUUUUUUGAUCCGCAAAACAGCGUGACCUUGUCCGAGAGGGUUGAUAAGCUCAAUGGUGUAUAG